AUUUGCCUAUCAACACCAUCCCCACUCCAUCGUUGACAACAGGCAAAGAGAGCUCGUUGUAGGAGCAAAGGAGUAGCCAUGGCCCAAGCCCUCGUCCAGAGGGCAUGCGCGAAGCUCAGAUCCGCGCUAGGAGAUGAAGCCGUGGUGCGUUUGAACUUUCCCGCUGACCUGCGUGAUAUGUUGGAGGCGCUGGAGGCCAUUCAGCCGGUGCUGGACGAAGCCGAGAUGCGGCUGUUGAGGGAUGAAUGGGUGGCGCGUUGGCUGCAGCGUGCUUUGAGCGUCGCCUACAAGACCAUAGACAUUGUGGAUGACCUGCAGGACUUGAGAUCACAGGCUGCUGCAACGAUGACAAGGAUGCUGCCCCGCCUUGCCAUCAUUAAGAAUGCCAUGGCCAUCCAGGUGCAGCAGACGAAACAACUAGUGAUGUCGCUACAGGAGGAGUCAGAAUAUAUAAGAGAAAGGACGACCAUAUUCCAGGAAAUUAUUGCGAAACGAGAAACGGGACCAGUUUUGGAGGAAGCAAUGAUUUUGGGAAGAGGACCAGAUAAAGAGAGGAUAAUAGCCGCACUGCUAUCUACUGAGCCCAACAUCAUGCAAGAGCACAUCACCAUUCUUCCCAUCUUUGGGCUUGCAGGCAUCGGCAAGACAACGUUGGCACAAAUGGUUUUUAACGAUACCCACUCCCUCCACGGCUAUGACUUUCGGGUAUGGGUUCAUGUGUCUCCCCAGUUCGACUUCCAUACAAUAGGCAAGUCCAUUAUUUGUAACGUGUCAGGAAGAGGAAAAGAAGAUAUCAACUAUGCUUCUUCAGACAUGGAAGGGAUGGAGAGUAUAAUGAAGCGCCUUCACAUGCUACUUGAUGGUAAGGAGGUGCUCCUUGUUUUGGAUGACCUGUGGGAGGAGGACCCCAUUCAAUUGCAACUUUUGAAGUCCAUGUUAAUUUUUUUGGGAGACAAGAUGGACGUAAUAGUAACCACAUGCAACCAAGCCAUCGCCAGGAAGAUCUGGACCGUUGAGCCGUACAAGCUAAAUCCGCUCAGUGAUGAAACAUGCUGGGAAAUAAUCAAGAAAUCAAUCCGUUCUGAAGCAGGAGAAGAAGAGUUGGAGAAGAUUGGACGGAAGAUCGCAAGCAAGUGCUUGGGUUUGCCAUCAGCAGCUCGAAAAUAUGCACGCAUGCUAGAUUCUUCCCGAGAUGCUAUAACAUGGAGAGAAACCAUGGAAACGAAUAUCUGGUCUAUUAUUAUGAACUACAAGUCAACAACUUUCGAGCUAAGCUACAGGAGUAUGCCACCAGAUUUGAGGCUAUACUUUGCUUAUUGUUGUCAAAUCUUCCCAAGCGGGCAGAGUAUAGUCAAAGAUGACCUGGUUCAUCAAUGGAUUGCUCUUCAGCUCGUUGAGCCAUCAGAAAUAUUAUCUGCCACACAGAUAGCUGAGGAGCAUAUUUCCAGGCUUCAGGACUUGUCAUUCCUUCAAACUGCAGAGCUGGACCACGCCAGUGGAAAAAAUGAUAAGGGUGCAAUCUUGUUCACUAUGCACAAUCUGCUGCAUGGCAUCGCGACAACGUUCCUACGAAAUGACAGCUACUCCCUCCGUAAACUAAUAUAAAAGCGUUUAGAUCACUACUUUAGUAAUCUAAAUGCUCUUAUAUUAGUUUAUAGAGGGAGUAC